UGUGGGUGGAACUUCCUGUUUGCACCGGGAGCAGCUUAAAGCCUAGUUGCUCUGAGGAACGUUUGGGACCAGACCAGUUGCAGGGAGCAGGGUCAAUACAGUCUGGUCUCCUCGGGGACCUUCUCCCUGCAGCAUGGGGAAGAACAAACUCUUUCAUCCAAAUCUUAUUCUCCUCCUCCUGGUCUUCCUGCCUGCAGAUGCCUCAGUUUCUGGAAAACCGCAGUACAUGGUCCUGGUCCCCUCCCUGCUCCACUCUGAAACCCCUGAGAAGGGCUGCCUUCUUCUGAGCUACCUGAAUGAGACAGUGACUUUAAGUGCUUCCUUGGAGUCUCUCAGGGAGAACAGGAGCCUCUUCACUGACCUGGUGGUGGAGAAGGACUUAUUCCACUGUGUCUCCUUCACUGUCCCAAGAUCUCCAUCCAAUGAGGAAGUCAUGUUCCUCACUAUCCAAGUGAAAGGACCAACCCAAGAAUUCAAGAGGAGGACCACAGUGGUGGUUAAAAACCAAGAGAGUCUGGUCUUUGUCCAGACAGACAAACCCAUCUACAAACCAGGGCAGACAGUGAAGUUCCGUGUUGUCUCAUUGGAUGAAAAUUUUCACCCCCUGAAUGAGUUGAUUCCAUUAGUAUACAUUCAGGACCCGAAAGGAAAUCGCAUCAGCCAAUGGCAGAAACUCAAAUUAGAGAACGGUCUCAAGCAAUUGAGCUUUCCCCUCUCAUCCGAGCCCUUUCAGGGCUCCUAUAAGGUGGUGGUGCGGAAGGAAUCAGGUGGAAUAACAGAGCACGCCUUCACCGUGGAGGAAUUCGUGCUUCCCAAGUUUGAAGUGCAAAUAACAAUGCCAAGGAUAAUCACUAUCUUGGAAGAAGACGUGAAUGUGUCAGUAUGUGGCCUAUACACAUAUGGGAAGCCUGUCCCAGGACAUAUGACUAUGAGAGUGUGCAGAAAGUACAGUAACCCUUCUAACUGCCAUAGUGGAGAGUCACAGGCCAUCUGUGAGAAAUUCAGUCACCAGUUAAACAGCCAGGGCUGCUUCACUCAGCAAGUAAAAACCAAGAUCUUCCAGAUGAAGAGACAAGGGUAUGAAAUGAAACUCGAAGCGGAGGCCAAGAUCCAAGAAGAAGGAACAGAGGUAGAAUUAACUGGAAAACGAUCCACUGAAAUAACAAGAACCAUAACCAAAGUCUCAUUCGUGAAAGUGGACCCAUACUUUAGACAAGGGAUCCCCUUCUUUGGGCAGGUGCAACUAUUGGAUGGGAAAGGUGUCCCCAUGCCAAAUGAACUUGUCUUCAUCACAGCAAAUGAAGCUAACUAUAAUUCCAAUGCUACCACAGAUGAGCAUGGCCUGGUUCAGUUCUCUAUCAACACCACCAACAUUAUGGGUACCUCUCUCACUGUCAGGGUCAAACACAAGGAUUCUAGCCCCUGUUAUGGCUACCAGUGGCUGUCGGCAGAGCACGAAGAAGCUGAUCACACCGCUAAUCUUGUAUUCUCCCUAAGCAAGAGUUUUGUCCACCUAGAGCCCAUGCCUCGGGAACUGCCCUGCGGUCAAACCCAGACAGUCCAAGCACAUUAUAUUCUGAAUGGACGGGUCCUGCAGGAGCUGAAGGAGCUCGUGUUCUAUUAUCUGAUAAUGGCAAAGGGAGGUGUUGUCCGAACUGGGACACACAUGCUGCCUGUGGAACAGGGAGAUAUGAAAGGCCAUUUUUCCGUGUCCGUCCCUGUGGAGUCAGACAUUGCUCCAGUUGCUCGAUUGCUCAUCUACACCAUUUUACCUGAUGGGGAAGUGAUUGGGGAUUCUGCAAAAUACAAGGUUGAAAACUGUCUCGCCAACAAGGUAGACUUGAGCUUCCACCCAACACAAAGUCUCCCGGCUUCCCACGCCCACCUGCGAGUUUCAGCUUCUCCUCAGUCCCUGUGCGCCCUCCGUGCCGUGGACCAAAGCGUGCUGCUCAUGAAACCCGAAGCAGAGCUGUCCGCAGCCUCGGUUUAUAACCUGCUACCAGUGAAGGACCUCAGUGGUUUCCAUGGGAGCUUGAAUCAUCAGGAGGAGGAAGAUGAUAGAGACUGUAUCAAUCGCCAUAAUGUCUUUAUCAAUGGGGUCAUGUAUUCCCCUGUAUCAAAUACAAAUGAAAAAGAUAUGUAUAGCUUCCUACAGGAUAUGGGCUUAAAAGUAUUCACCAACACAAAGAUUCGUAAACCCAAAGUAUGUUCACAGCCUGAACACGAGGCAGUGUACUCAUCUCGAAGACUAUUCGCUUCUCCAGCUGUAUCUGAAUUGCAAAGAGGCCAUGAACUUACAAAGAUGGUCCGUGUUUCCGAGCCUUUCACCGAGACCGUGCGAAAGUACUUCCCUGAGACAUGGAUCUGGGACUUGGUGGCAGUAGACUCAUCAGGGGUGGCCGAAGUGGGAGUAAUAGUCCCUGACACCAUCACAGAGUGGAAGGCAGGGGCCCUCUGCCUGUCCAAUGACACUGGACUUGGUCUCUCUCUUCCCGCCUCCCUCCGAGCCUUCCAGCCCUUCUUCGUGGAGCUCACAAUGCCCUACUCUGUGAUCCGCGGAGAGGCCUUCACACUCAAGGCCACCGUCCUCAACUACCUUCCCAAAUGCAUCCAGGUUGGUGUGCAGCUAGAUCCGAAUCCUGCAUUCCUGGUCCAGGAGAAGGAACAAGAGUCUCACUGCAUCUGUGGGAAUGGCCGGCACACCGUGUCCUGGGCAGUAACGCCAAAGGCUUUAGGGAAUGUGAAUUUCACUGUGAGCGCAGAGGCACUGGAGUCUCAAGAGCCCUGUGGGACUGAGGUGGCGGUGGUCCCUGAAUUUGGAAAGAAAGACACCAUCAUUAAGUCCCUGCUGGUUGAGCCUGAAGGACUAGAGAAGGAAGCAACAUUCAAUUCCCUGCUCUGUCCGUCAGGUGCUGAGGUAUCCGAACAAUUACCUUUGAAGUUGCCAGAGAAUGUAGUAGAAGAAUCGGCCCGAGCCUCCGUCUCAGUAUUGGGCGACCUACUGGGCUCUGCCAUGCACAAUAUACAAAAUCUCCUCCGAAUGCCCUAUGGCUGCGGAGAACAGAAUAUGGUCCUCUUUGCUCCCAACAUCUAUGUUCUGAACUAUCUAAAUGAAACACACCAGCUGACUCCAGAAGUCAUGUCCAAGGCUGUUGGCUACCUCAAUACUGGUUACCAGAGACAGCUGAAGUACAAGCACCAUGAUGGCUCUUAUAGCACCUUUGGGGAGAACUAUGGCAAGAGCGAGGGCAAUACCUGGCUCACUGCCUUUGUACUGAAGAGUUUUGCCCAGGCUCGAACCUAUAUCUUCAUCGAUGAAGCACACAUCACCCAAGCCCUCGUCUGGCUCUCCCAAAAGCAGAAGGACAAUGGCUGUUUCAGGAGUUCCGGGUCUCUUCUUAACAAUGCCAUUAAGGGAGGAGUGGAAGACGAAGUGACCCUCUCCGCCUACAUCACCAUUGCCCUUCUGGAGAUCCCUCUCCCCGCCACUCACCCCGUUGUCCGCAAUGCCCUGUUCUGCCUGGAGUCAGCCUGGAAGUCAGCAAAGGAAGGACCCCAUGGAAAGCAUGUCUACACCAAGGCACUGCUGGCCUAUGCUUUUGCCCUGGCAGGUAACCAGGACAAGAGGAAAGAGACGCUCGACUUACUUCAUGAGGAAGCUGUGAAGGAAGAUAGUUCCGUCCACUGGGAGCGACCUCAGAAACCCAGGGCACCAGUGGAGCAUUUUUACCAACCCCCGGCUCCCUCAGCUGAGGUGGAGAUGACGUCCUACGUGCUGCUGGCUUACCUCACGGCCCAGCCCGCCCCCACCUCAGAGGAGCUGACUUCCGCUGCGCGCAUCGUGAAGUGGAUCACAAAGCAACAGAAUUCCCAGGGGGGCUUCUCCUCCACCCAGGACACAGUGGUGGCUCUCCAGGCCUUGUCCAGAUAUGGAACAGCCACCUUCACCAGGACUGGGAAACCCGCACAGGUGACCGUCCAAUAUUCGGGGACAUUUGUCACAAAAUUCCAAGUGGACGACGACAACCGCCUGUUACUACAGCAGACCUCAUUGCCAAAGGUGCCUGAGGAAUACACCAUGACGGUGACAGGAGAAGGCUGUGUCUACCUCCAGACAUCCUUGAAAUACAACAUUCUGCCAGAAAAGGCAGAGUUCCCAUUUGCUUUGGAGGUGCAGACUGUGCCCCAAACUUGUGACGGACCCAAAGCCCACACCAGCUUCCAGAUCUCACUGAAUGUCAGUUACAUCGGGAGUCGUCCCGUCUCCAACAUGGUGAUUAUUGAUGUGAAGAUGGUGUCCGGCUUCAUUCCCCUGAAACCAACAGUGAAAAUGCUUGAAAGAUCUAACCACGUGAGCCGAACAGAAGUCAGCAACAACCAUGUUUUGAUUUACCUGGAUAAGGCGACAAAUCAGACACUCAGCUUGUCCUUCAUGGUUCUGCAAGAUGUCCCAGUGAGAGAGCUGAAGCCAGCCAUAGUGAAGGUCUAUGAUUACUACGAGACAGAUGAAUUUGCAAUUGCUGAGUACAGUGCUCCUUGCAGCAAAGAUCAUGGAAAUGCUUGAAGACCACGACAGUGAAAACUGCUUUGCUGGGGUCCCUGUUUCACAGACUGAGGUUUCUGUGGAAGAAAAGAAUUUUUGUAUCUAUGAAGAUUUGAAAUAAACCUUUUUUUCUGGUCAAUCUUUA